CUUCUGAGUCCCGAUUCCAUUGAGUUUCGGACUUCGCUCACUAUCGCGUCUCUCCCCUCUCUAUAUGUGGUCUGGUUGUUAAUUUGUAUUUUGCUCGUCACUGGAGAUCACCAGACACGAAGCAGACGAAGGUCGAAGGCGAUGUUGUUGAAAACUUUGUCGUCCGCCAUAGAUUUCACAGCAUGGAGAGGACUGGUUUUUCCUGUAUUCAUCCUCCAUUUCGUCUUCAUCUGCCAAUUUCUCCUUCUCCAGCCACUGGUUUCCGCUCAAGAUGGAAAACAUGGUAAUGCUGCAGACUUAUUCAAAAGAGUUUCAGAAAGUGUGAAGGUUAAACGUUAUAGUGAGGCACUCAAUGAUCUGAAUGCUGCCAUAGAGGCUGAUCCAACACUCUCAGAAGCAUAUUUGCAUCGUGCAUCUAUUCUUCGUCAGUUGUGCAGAUAUGAUGAAUCAGAGAGGAACUAUAAAAAGUUUCUGGAGCUAAAACCUGGAGAUCCCGUAGCAGAAAAGGAACAUUCUCAAUUAUUGCAGGCCCAGAAUGCACUGGAUAUGGCUUUUAAUCUUUUUGAUUCAGGCGAUUUUGUAAAAUCCUUAGAUUAUAUUGAUAAAGUUGUCCUUGUUUUUUCACCUGCAUGUUCAAAGGCAAAACUCCUUAAGGUGAAGGUAUUGUUAGCAGUUAAAGACUAUUCGAGUGCCAUUUCAGAGACUGGAUAUAUGCUUAAAGAAGAUGAGAAUAAUCUGGAUGCACUACUGCUGCGUGGGCGGGCCUACUAUUUCCUAGCUGAUCAUGAUGUCGCUUUAAGGCAUUUCCAGAAAGGUCUCCGCCUUGACCCAGAGCAUAGUGAAUUGAAAAAAACAUACUUUGCUUUGAAGAACCUGCUAAAGAAGACAAAAAGUGCAGAAGAUAAUCUGGGUAAGGGUAAACUGCGUUUGGCAGUAGAAGACUUCAAAGGAGCCCUUGCAGUGGACCCUAGUCAUAUUGCCCAUAAUGUACAUCUUCAUCUUGGUUUAUGUAAGGUCUUAGUCAAGCUUGGCAGGGGAAAGGAUGCUCUGGUUAGUUGCACAGAAGCACUUGAUAUUGAUGAAGAGCUCACUGAAGCUUUGGUUCAGAGGGGAGAAGCUAAGCUUUUAGUUGAAGAUUGGGAAGGAGCUGUAAAUGAUCUGAAAACAGCUGCUCAGAAAUCUCCUCAGGAUAUGAAUAUUCGAGAAGCAUUGAUGAGGGCGGAGAGAUCUUUGAAGCUGAGCAAACGCAAGGACUGGUACAAGAUUCUAGGAAUAUCAAGAACUGCAUCUAUAGCAGAGAUAAAGCGUGCUUACAAGAAGCUUGCUUUACAAUGGCAUCCAGAUAAGAACGUUGAUAACAGAGAGGAAGCAGAGGCUAAAUUUCGAGAAAUAGCUGCUGCAUAUGAGGUACUUGGGGACGAAGAAAAACGUGUAAGAUAUGACAGAGGCGAAGACGUUGAGGACAUGGGUAUGGGAAUGGGUGGUGGUGGUGGUUUCAACCCCUUUGGUGGCGGGGGACAGCAGUUUACAUUCCAUUUUGAAGGAGGCUUCCCUGGCGGAUUUGGUGGAUUCCAAUUUUGAUCCCAAUUGAGGGAGGGAGCAGCUUAUUGCAAGUGGCAGCAAUGAAUGUUUCUCACUGACUGCUAACAGGUAUAGUUGAUAGAGAACACAGACAAUUGGAAAGAGGCUCGUUUCUUUAUAAACACUGCACGGCAUACCCUUGGCUUGUAAUUUGUAUGCGUAGGUGAUUCCAAUAGAUGAGCCCCCUUAAUUUUGUUUCUUUAUUUUUAAAUUUCUUUUAUUGUUUCUGCUUUUCAAUUCUAUAGGGGGCCAUAAAGAAGGAAAUUCUCUAUUUUUCAUUAGAAUUAAUUAUAUGCUGUUCUGUUGGCAAACAAAUAAGCUACCAGCGUUUCCUU